CGCAUGGGAACUGAGGUCAAUUGAUUUUUUCUAAAGUCUGACUUAGGUCUAACUUGGUAGUUCAUAUAUUUGUUGUUAGUUCAAAUGUUUCAUAACUAGACGUCACGUUUAUUUGACACACUACUGACGAAAUUCUAACCUUUUGCAGCGGAUAGCAUGUUGCCAUGAGGAGAGGAACAUAACUUUUAAGACGACUGGUCCUUACAAGUGAAGUUAAGAAAACAAUGGAGCUCACUGGAAGCAGUUACAAUGGGCCGACUCUAAAUGCCAGGAUGGAAGGAGAAGGGGAGUAUACGUUCCCGUCUGAGACCAAGUACAUAGGGGAGAUGAAAGAUGGGAUGUUCCAUGGCAGAGGGGUUCUCCACUUUCCAAAUGGAAGUAAAUACGAGGCCACCUGGGAGAAUGGCAUUGCGACGCAGGGAUCUUUCACCUUUGCUGACGGGCUGCCGUACCAAGAGAAGGACUGGGAUUACUGCGACGGCCAGGACAGACGCUUCUACACUGAGAGAUGCAAUGGCCUUCGACCAGCAGGUGAAUCCCAGCUCACAGACCUGCAUCCUCCACGCAUGAUUCCUGAGGGCUGUUAUGACUGUGGAGAUGGUUUCUAUGACCCAACUACUAGAAUUAUCACUUCCUAUACUGGUGCUUUCCUCAGAAGGGCAGAUUACUCGGAACACGAGUGGAUAGUCCGAACCUGUCGAGUGGCAGAGGAUCCGGUUCCUGAGUCCUUCCUAGAAGAGGCUUCCUGUAUUUCCAGUGUGGAGUAAAAAGGAAAAAAGAAAAUCCCUUAUUGAUACCAAAUAUUUCAGUAAAAGUAAAGCACUUUUUUUUUUGUCUUAGGUUCUAGCAACAGUAAAUGUUACUAUAAAUGGAAAACUGAUUAAAUUUACCGUACUUUAUCAUUA